AUGGCCCACACGCAGCACAACGCGCCUGCGGCCGCCACCACCACGAAUGUGGUGAGGGAGACGGACAAGAAGUGGCUGCGCGGCAUGCUGGGGGGCACCUCCAACGCCUUCGCCAUCAUUCUGGUGAGCCCGCUGGACGUGCUCAAGAUACGGUUCCAGACACAGAACGCCCUCACCAAGGCCGGCGCGCCCAAGACCUACGACGGCAUAUUGAAGGGAGCGGUGACCAUCGUCAGCAACGAGGGCGUGCGCGGUCUCUUCAAAGGACUCUCGGUGUCAAUGCUGCGCGAGCUGACCUUCUCCUCCGCUCGCAUGGGCCUCUACGAGCCCAUCCGCAACUACCUCGUCGGUCCUGGCCAAAAGGAGAUCGCGCUGGGCCAGAAGAUUCUGGCCGGACUGAUGAGCGGCGCCAUCGCCGCCGCCGUGUUCAACCCGACCGACGUGCUCAAGACCCAGCACGCACGUCAGAGCUGCGGCGGUACAAGAGCGUAG